AUAACCAGAGUGACACGUUGAACUCGCCAUAAUCAAGGAAACCUUUUCCGGGUGGGGAUCUCUGAAAUCACUCAGUGAGCAACCCUAAUUAACCUGAUUUUUUGCUGAUAAUCACUCUCAAUGGAAUCAAAUCACAAAUCCGGGGAUGGAUUGAGCGGCACUCAGAAGGAAGCAGCCCUCCGCGCCCUGGUCCAGCGCACAGGAUAUAGCUUGGUCCAGGAAAAUGGACAAAGAAAAUAUGGCGGCCCUCCACCGGGCUGGGAUGCUGCACCCCCAGAAAGAGGCUGUGAAAUUUUUAUUGGAAAACUUCCCCGAGACCUUUUUGAGGAUGAACUUAUACCAUUAUGUGAAAAAAUUGGUAAAAUUUAUGAAAUGAGAAUGAUGAUGGAUUUUAAUGGCAACAAUAGAGGGUAUGCAUUUGUAACCUUCUCAAAUAGACAGGAAGCCAAGAACGCAAUCAAGCAACUUAACAACUACGAAAUUAGAAAUGGGCGUCUCUUAGGGGUGUGUGCCAGUGUGGACAACUGCCGAUUGUUUGUGGGGGGAAUCCCGAAGACCAAGAAGAGAGAAGAAAUCCUAGCAGAGAUGAAAAAGGUCACCGAAGGUGUUGUGGACGUCAUCGUCUACCCGAGCGCUGCAGAUAAAAGCAGAAACCGGGGCUUUGCCUUCGUGGAGUACGAGAGUCAUCGGACGGCUGCUAUGGCCCGAAGGAAGCUGCUGCCAGGAAGGAUUCAGCUAUGGGGACAUCCUAUUGCAGUAGACUGGGCGGAACCCGAAGUGGAGGUGGAUGAGGACACAAUGUCGUCAGUGAAAAUCCUCUACGUGAGAAACCUGAUGCUGUCCACCUCAGAAGAGAUGAUUGAGAAGGAAUUCAACAAUAUUAAACCAGGUGCUGUGGAGAGGGUAAAGAAGAUUCGAGACUAUGCUUUUGUGCACUUCAGUAAUCGAGAAGAUGCAAUGGAGGCUAUGAAAGCUUUAAAUGGGAAGGUGCUGGAUGGUUCCCCCAUUGAAGUGACCCUAGCCAAACCAGUGGACAAGGACAGUUACGUUAGGUACACUCGAGGCACAGGUGGAAGGGGCACCAUGCUGCAAGGAGAGUACACCUACUCUUUGGGCCAUGUUUAUGAUCCCACCACAACCUACCUUGGAGCUCCUGUCUUCUAUGCUCCUCAGGCCUAUACAGCAAUCCCCAGCCUUCAUUUCCCAGCCACCAAAGGACAUCUUGGCAACAGGGCCAUUAUUCGAGCCCCUUCUGUUAGAGAAAUUUACAUGAAUGUACCUGUAGGGGCCGCGGGAGUGAGAGGACUGGCUGGCCGUGGCUACUUGGCCUAUACCGGCCUGGGUCGUGGAUACCAGGUCAAGGGAGACAAGAGAGAAGACAAACUCUAUGACCUUUUACCUGGGAUGGAGCUCACCCCAAUGAAUCCUGUCACUUUAAAACCCCAAGGAAUUAAACUUGCUCCUCAGAUAUUAGAAGAAAUAUGUCAGAAAAACAGCUGGGGACAACCAGUGUAUCAGCUGCACUCGGCUAUCGGACAAGAUCAAAGACAACUAUUCUUAUACAAAAUAACCAUUCCUGCCCUGGCCAGCCAGAAUCCCGCAAUCCACCCCUUCACGCCUCCGAAGCUAAGUGCCUAUGUGGAUGAAGCAAAGACCUACGCGGCUGAGUACACCCUGCAGACGCUGGGCAUUCCCACUGACGGGGCUGAUGCCCCCAGCGCGGCGGCUGCCACCACUGCCUUCCCAGGAUAUGCUGUCCCCAGCGCAACGGCGCCCGUGUCCACAGCCCAGCUCAAGCAAGCGGUGACCCUUGGACAGGAUUUAGCAGCAUAUACAACGUAUGAGGUUUAUCCCACUUUUGCAGUGACUGCCCGAGGGGAUGGAUAUGGAGCCUUCUGAAGAUCUCUUUAAGAUAAGACACACAAAACUCUAUCUAGAAGAAAUAAACCUCUCAGUUUCCUUAUGAUCACAAGUCCUACUUUUUCUCAAGAGAUGCCUUUCCCAAGACUGUACAGCUUAUACUAAUGGUAGAAUCAGGAUACAAGAAUGUAUUCCCUCUGAAAUCAAAUGUCAAGAAGUCUUUUAUGUGACAGAAAGCUUAAGAGCCAUUGUCCGAGAAGUUGGUUCUCCCAGGUUCCUGAGUCACUAGGGUGUCUGUUUACGCACCCUGACAACAUGGAGAGAGAUCUUUUAACCAGCAAGUGUUCAGGGGCUGAGCAGACCUGGUCAGUUAGGAGCAACAAAGGGAGGCAAGUAAACUCCAGAGUCUUAAGCCCAGCUCACAGCUGCUUUUGUGAUACACAAAGUCAUGGACAGGCAGCGGGGAAGGUGGGAGGAUGCUUUUAUAAAAAUGCUUUCCUUGUUGUUGCCCAUUGCAUGGGAAAUGUUCUCAGGGCAGAGCCUGUGAAAGACGGCCCAAGGUUUGAUGGGGCCAGCAUCGCUUCCAUCUGAAAAUUCUGCUGCAUCAAUCUGUCCCGGGUCACCAUCUCCCUGACCCCUGUAGCCCCUGGGGACCACCUGGAAACCAAUGGGAUGUGUUGUGGAUAAGAAUAAAAUGAAUCCAGGCCCACUAUUAAACUCAUCAGCCCACCCCUCUUCUUCCAUGGAACCCCCAUCCUUCCCAAGGGUCCCCCAACAUAAUAAUCACCCCAACUUAAAAUGGCUUCUUCUCAUCUUAAACACUGACUUGCCCACAUGGAUUUAUUUUCAUAUCAGUCUCAUUUUGCUCAUGUCUAACACCAUAAAAAAGUACAUCCAGUCUACAGAAUAUCACUGAGGAUGCUUUUUCGCAUCCAGCAAAUGGGCUGAAAAGUCAUUUCAAACAGAGAAGUGAAGAUCUACUCUCAUUCCUUUGGUCUUUUUGCAGCAGCCAGACCACCACCCAGUGUUCAGAAGUAGUUAUAUUAAUGUGGGGUCAGCCUUGGACUGUCUAACCCACUUACAGUAAAUCUGCCACGAAAUCUUCUCCCUUUCCUUCCUUCUACUUUCCACGAGUAUCAGAUAGCUUUACUGUAUCUGAGCCCUUUGGUCUUGAAGCAGCCACAGAAAACCUUACACCCCCCCACUGCUGAUUAGAAGCAGAUUCUUAGACACCAGCAAGCGUGUUAGUGACCAAAGUUCCCUAGAGCUUUAGGCCUCUCUCCAGGAACAUCUCAUGGAGAUGCAGGAGCAAUAAAAACUGGGAUGGAAGGAAUAGAAGGCACUGCUUUCUUGCCAUACUUAUAAAUGACUGCUUUUUGUUCAAAACAGAAAUAAUCGAGGUCUGAACUCCAAAUACUUAUCACCACGGCUUCUGUCUCAUUAGUGAUUUAAGACAUACAGCACCAGAAUUUCCAGUUAAAAAAACCCCUGGGCCCUGGUACAAUCCUAUAGGACUCAACAGAAAACAGAAACACAAAGACAGACAAAUUUGUCAACUCUCAAAUGGAGUCCUGUGAUCCAACAUCAGCCCAGAUUCCAGUCAAAAUCAGCUAAAUUCCAGUAACAAUUAAAAUUCCCUAUAACCUUUCAGUUCUGUUAACUCCAAUCAGACAUCAAAGGCCUCAAGGCUACAGCUCACAUUCUGAAAGGCUCGGUACUUUUGGCAUUUAUGUGUUUUUCCCUAGGCCAGUGGUUCCCAAACCUGGCUGCACUUCAGGAACACCUGGAGUGCCUUGCAGACUGCCAAUGCCAACAUGGUGCCCAAAACCCAUUACAGUAGACUAUCAUGGGGCAGGAGCCUGGUGUCAGUAUUUAAAGAUCUUAAGUGAUUUCAAUGUGCAACUAACUUUGGGAAUGGCUAUAGUCUUUCUAUUUCAACCCUCUCCCCUAAUGUUUUCCUUAUUUAUUUCACCUUCAUUAAAUAGAAAAAUGCAAGAAAAAUUUGUCUAAGUUCAAACAGAUAGCCAAAUCAUAUUUUUAUAAAUAUUUAUCUCAUAAAAAGUACAAAUUUGAAUAUAAUUCAUAUUGGCUUCAAACUAACUCUUGGACAAAACUAAUUUUAAAACUGAGAGAGAAAAAUUCCUCCAUCAGCAACUCUUAGGUCCAAAUCAACAUUCCCCUAUAGACCCGCUUUUAUACUCAAAAAGAGUAAUGACAUGGGGGCAGGCAAGUUCCUGUUUAGUCCAAAAAAAAGACUCCAAAUUCCAAGAGCAAAAGUUUUCAUGUUCUUUAAAAUCUUUGAAAAUAGGAACAGUGCCCUGGAUGUCUAGCCAAUGCCAAAUAGAAGGUCUGAUCCAGAAGAGAAAUGUAAUCAGAAUGAACAGUUAGUUAAUACAGGAAUCUCUUAUGAGAAAAAUCUUUAUUUCAGAUCAAAUCAUCACGAUUUUUUUUAAAGGCUAAGAACAGAAACCUAAAUAUACAAAAACAGCAAAGUAUCAAGAAACUUGCUCCUGGAACACCAUCUCAUUACUUGCUUAAGGAAACACAAGUAUUUGUACAUUUACCUCCUAAGGACUGAUAUUAUUCGAGUGAGUAGAUGUGGUUUUGCUUUUUACUGAAGUUUUACUUCCCUCUAGUAAAAUCUAGAGAAUACUUUGAAUUCCAUUAGAACAUAUUCAUAGAAAGUAUCAAUGUGUCCACUGUGCCAUCUGUAUUUACUUUGUCCAAAUUAAGUACCGUAGGACAACUAUACAGCUCUAUAAACUCACAAUACAGCUACAAUGAGUUUGAAACUUUUAAAAAAUGGGAUCAUUAAAAAUCAUGUGUGGAACCAAAGAUUUAUUUGGCAUGAUGUCUAUACUUUUAGACUUCAGAUAUUAGCACCUAUCUAAUACCUAUUAUAUCUUGUGCAUCAUUAUCGAUUUUUUUUUUUUUGGUUAUUUCUUCCUUGCUUCCUCAAAAAAAAAAAAAAACCUCUUUACAUAAAGAGGAAAUUAAAAUGAGUCAACCAACCAAAAAUAAAAAUAUAAUGAGCGAACCAACCAAGUGAUAACAGAAUAUCUAAGCCAAUAAUUUAGACGCAUCUAGUAAGAAAAAAGUUUCUAAAUUUUGGUAAUUAAUAGCUUAGUGAAAAUUAAAAUCAACCAAUGUUACUUAGAAGGAAGUACAGCAGCAGUCAGAUUGGACAUCUGUUUUCUCACCUGUAAAAAUGCUGCAUAUUCUGAAAUUGUUAUACUUCUCUCUCACCCCAUUACUGUAGCUAGAAGACCAUCUUUAACUGCAACAAGAUACCCAUUCUUUUACAUAGCUAGUUUUCUUCUCCCACCCCUGCCCAGUCCUGGUAUCAUGCCAAACCACACUGUGUUGGGAUAAAAGCACCCAAUAUGCUGCUAGAAAGCUACCUCGUGUUAAGAAAAUACUGACUUAAAGACGUAUCUAACAAACCAUAGUUCCUUAACUUUUUAAUGGUGGAUGGAGAUCACAUUAUAGCUAUGUAUUAGUAAUAGUUGCUCAGGAAACUAGUUUUAGUUUUACUUAGAAGUUUAAAAAACACACACACAUUCUUCCAAUCACAUAGAUGAGCUUUUCAUAAAUAUUGCUUCAGUAUAAUUUUCAAUUCAUGUACAUUUUCACUCUGUUUUUCAGUGACGGUUUUAUAGUUUCACCUUGAAAACUGGGUCACAAUUUGAAUCCGUGGGGGACAGGGGGAUUCUCCAGGGUGCCUUUUCAAGAAUGAGGGUUAGUAAAGAAAGUUAGUAUUUUGAGUAAAUUGUCUUUGUAUCCAAAGCUACAAAGUUUGAUAAAAUGCAUUAUUGCCGUGCAACUCCAGGCUUAUCCAAGAUUUCCCAAAAGUAACUUACAACUAAAAGUGGACAAUGUGUCCCAGGAUUCACGUGAGGCUAUGAUCACUCAUCCCUUCCUUGUAUUCCUACAAAAAUUCCCAGGAGAUGAAAUGUACCUACAACUUUACCUGGAGACUUGGUACUUUUUCUGUCUUGUGGAUACAUUUUUACCUAUUGUAGAUACAUCUGUCCAAGACAAAACUAAGUUUCACAUGUGACACCUUACGUGAAUUUUGUGAUAAAUACUCUUAAAAGAAAACACUAAGAGCAUGAUUUAGGCAUUUUAAUGUACUUACUGGAAGACAGAGGAACUAGGCAACCAACAUUCCCAGCUGAUGUGUAAUAGUACGUGUUUCAUUGACCUGAUCACCAAAUUUGAUGCUGAGAUUUUACUUCAUUCUAGUGACCUCUUGAGAAUGCUUCAAGCUUUAUAAGAAUAUAGCCAUAAAAAAUGUAAUAUGUCCACUAGGAUAUAUGUUUAUAUUUGCCAACAUUAGAAUACAGCAAAGCAAGUCCUGCUAUAAUGAGUAAAACCAUUAGGAAAAUGAGAUUUUUUCCAACCCCCCAUGCCCUAUCACUUUACUUAUGGAGUAAGACAUUUUUUAAAAACUCCAUUCAAUAAAAACAUGGAUACAGAAUAUUCUAUUGCUCCCAAAAUGCCCAUUUUAAAAGCCAUCUUUUUCUUACAGUGUUUAUACAGAAAGUAAAAUGUGUGAGUUUAAUAGGGACAGCAGUGCAUACCUUGAACACAUAGACUCAUUUAUGGGAGAAUGCAAACUUUAUGCGUCCCGAGGUCACCUCAGUUUUGUAGGAAAGAUAAAAGAAAACCUUAAACCUCAGCUAAUAGUGAAGAGAAAUUAGUAGCCAAUACAGAAGUGAAAAAUA